UCCCUCUCCUCUUCCUCCCCUGGUUGGGCCCUGAUCCACACGGCUACACUGACCUCCUGCUCCCUCGUCCUCAUCUUUAUCUUCUGUCUGGGUUCCUAUGGCAACCUGGUGGUGUUCCUCUCCUUCUUCGACCCGGCCUUCCGCAAGUUCCGCACCAACUUCGACUUCAUGAUCCUGAACUUAUCGUUCUGUGAUAUGAUUAUAUGUUGCGUGAUGGCGCCGAUGUUCGCGUUGGUGCUCUUUCUUGACUCAGGUGAGUAGACUGUAUUUACUUCCUGUUCUUUGCUUUGUUCUUCUCUCUUGCUUCAGCUAAGACCCUGGGCCCUGUCUGUCCCCAGGUUGAAAUGUUUUGCUUUGGAUCGAUUCGGUUCUGUCGUGUGCCUGUUUGAGCUUGCCUGGCUUAGGAAACCAAUAGAAAAGUCCCAAAACGACAAACUCUGCCCAUCUAGCACUCCAGGUGAAUCGAGCAAAUCAAUUUGGUCUAGUCGGUGACCAUCGUUGUCCAAAUUGUCCGACUGGCGCCUACAUGUCGACUGCAUGAACUUUACAAAAAUCAUGAUCUAAGGUCAUGUCGUUUUUGAUGAAUUCACCUUCAAGUCGCUGCAGUUGCCUCUCACCAACUGUAACAUGCUUGCCUGACGACUCACCCUGAAUUUAAUUCCACUGCUCUAUUAAUCGCUACAUACAUUGUCUGAAUCAGCCAUCCUAGAAGUCAUUUGUGUGGCUUCAAAAUGAUGGGAGUUGCACAAAACAAAUUAAUCAGUGAUUGGAUCAUCUCUAACAAAUAUAACCAAUCAGAGUGUCAAAGUUGAUAACGUCAUUAUGUAGGCUGGCUCUGGCCCAACCCAUCGGUUUCUGGGACCAGUCAGAAUGUGUUUGCAUUUUAGAAAUCGGGGAGGGAGGAAAUCCAGACUCAUAGUGGAGAAGAAACGGAGCGAUGUGGAUGGGUAGCCAGGAAAGUACCAUGCAGCCAUCACCUGCAUUGUGGGAGGCACUAUUUGUUUUUGGUUGACCCACGUGAACGUGACCAAAGAAGUGACUGAAAGAGGAACCAACUUUGCCGCGAUUCUAAAGCCACAGGGGACACAAAUGAAAGUGAUAUUUGAGACCUCUAUCUAACCAAUUAAUUGUACACAUGUUAUGUUUUCAGUUGUUGAGUGUGUGAUAUGGGGGUAUAGAAACAUUUAUUUCUGUAUUUAUAAAGAACAACUUUUAUAAACAAUAGCAGCUAUGUUGACACUGCCAUGUUGAUCUGAGCCUUGCUGUUGGAAAACUACUACACUGUCUGACUUUCGGCUCUCGCAGAUGCAACUCCACCGACUUCACGGGCCAACUUUUGUCUACAGUCGGCUUCGUUAGCCUUACUGCUCGAACUCACCCUUUGAAAGGAUUUUUACAAGUAUUUGAACCCAGGUCUGAUUCUUGAAGGUUUGCAAAAGUCUUAUUAAGAGUACACUUUUUGUUACAGGAGGAGGGGGUGGCGUAUCAAAUACUUUUUGCUUCACCUUCCACCUGACCAGCUCAGCCUUCAUCAUCAUGUCUCUGGAGACGGUAGCUGUGAUCGCCCUCCAUAGGCUCCGUAUGGUCCUGGGCCAGCAGCCCAACCGCAUGGCCUCGCUCCCCUGUACUCUGGCUCUCACCGCCCUCCUCUGGACCUCCAGCUUCACCAUAGCUGCCCUGCUCACCCUGCGAGCCUACCCCACAAAGGAGGGACCCUGCCUGCCUCACUUCGGUUUAACGGGUGGGCGUGCCAGGGUGGUUCUAUAUGUCUACCUGGCAGACUUUGCCUUCUGCGUGGCGGUGGUGUCUGUCUGUUACCUGAUGAUCGCUCAGACGCUAAGGAAGAACGCACAGGUGAGAGAGGGAGGGUGAGAGAGAGAGGAGAGAGCAUGAGCUUAGCGGGUAGAUGGGGACGGAGAGAGAUGGGGAGAGUGUGGUUAGGGUGGAGUCGAGGGUGCUGCGCGAGAGAGCGUCUUGUGUGCACGGUGUGCUCUGGAGGGUGUACUCCGAGCAGGGAGAGCGCUGCUCUCGAGGCGCUCGAGGAUAAGAGAGAGAGAAGAGGAGAGAGAGAGAGGAGAGAGAGAGAGAGCUCUAGCUCCUUCCUCUCUCUAGAGAUAUGAGAGGAUCUGUAUGGCUGGCAUGUGAUUUUUGUGUCAGGUAAAUCGCCUUAGCGACCCACAACUAUGGGACUAUUUGACAAGUCUUUAAGAAAACUUAACUUAGAACUUGCUAUAAGCAUGUACCGUAUGAACCUAAAUAAUGUCUUAUAACAGGGCUUAUAUCAUGUUAUGUCUCUCUAUGCUGAAUGCUUGAUCCCAUCCCACCCCCAGGUGAGGAAGUGCCGCAUCAUCACAGUAGACGCCACUCGUCCGCCGCUACCACCACCCCCGCUCAUCGCGGCCGAGUUAGAGGGCAUGCAGUGUGCCGUCCAGGUCCCUUCGCUCUACCGCAACCAGACCUACAACAAACUACAACACAUUCAGACUCACUCCUACACUAACAGACCCACUAGCCAGGGUCUAGUACCCGGCGCUGCCCAGGGAGCUACCUGCUGCCAGCUGGUCUCUACCGUCAACCUGGCCACAGUUAAGGACUCCAAGGCUGUAGUAACCUGUGUGGUGAUCGUAUUCUCCGUCCUCCUCUGUUGUCUCCCCAUGGGCGUCUCCUUAGCCCAGGACGUCCUUUCUCCAGAGAGCAGCUUCGCUCACUACCAGUUUGAACUGUGCGGUUUCGCACUCAUCUUCCUCAAGUCGUGCAUCAACCCGUUCGUGUACUCCCGCAACAGCGCCGGGCUCCGCCGCCGCAUCCUCUGCUGUCUCCAAUGGGUGGCUCUGGUGUUCCUCUGCUGCAAGCACAAGACACGGCUCCACGCCAUGGGCAAAGGCAGUCUCGAGGUCAACCGUAACAAGUCCUCGCACCACGAGACCAACUCAGCCUAUGUCCUCUCACCCAAGCCCCAAAAGAGACUGGUGGAUCAAGCCUGUGGACCCAGUCACUCCCGGGACUGUGCCCCCAGUCCGAGAGCCACGGGCGGGCAUGGUGGACGUAAACCCCAGCCCCCUAGCACCUCCACCCCCAUCAACACCCGUAUCGAGCCAUACUACAGUAUUUACAACAGCAGCCCCUCCGCUGGACCCGGCUCCCCUACCAACAGUCUGCAGCCUGCUACCAACUCCUCCUCCUCCCAGGCCUUUGGGUUCGCUAAGUCCUACGUAGCCAUGCACUAUCACACCCACCAGGAGGUGCUGCAGGACGUUGAGAGCACCUCAGCCCAUAAGAUACCCAUGCCUUCAGUGUAACUAACCACCAUAAUUGAUUGAUUGAUCAGAUCCCCAUCCCUUCAGUCUAACGUGAUGAGUAACCUUGGCUUGGCUCCCCAAGCUAAUGCCAAUAGGUUUUAGCUCAGUGGUCCAACAUAGUCUUGUGGUUCUGCCGGACUUUGAGAGCACCGCAGUGCAUCAGAUCCCCAUACCUUCAGUCUAACUUACCACCAUAAUGUAUAGAUUAAUUGAUUGGUUGAUUGAUUGAUCAGAUACUGUACCUUCAGUCUAACCUAUGCUGAAACUGGAGAUGGCUUGGGCAUACAUACCAGGGAUACUAAGAAGUCACUAUAUUGUUAUACCACCAUUACUAUUACCACAAGACACCAGAGAGUAAACAGAUGCUCAUUUUCUGAAUAUCAUGCGGUAUUGAACUGUUUUUUGUGGUGGUUAAAGGUAGAGAAUAAUCCCCAUUGACUUUGCCCCGAUAAGGAUGGAAGGUCUCCUAGUCCAGAGGGAAACGCGUGAAGAAUAGAGAGAUACGUAACAGUACUGAUCCUAAAGUGUUAUUGAUGUUAUUGAACUGACUGGGAUCUAUUUUUACACUGACAUUACGUUUUUCUAAUUGAAAAAUGUAGAUGGUCUUUCUCUUCAUAAUAAUACUGUAUUUGUGAG